ACACACACACACACACAUGCGAACACCCACUAAAACUAUUUGAUGAUUUCGACAUCCAUCUGUACAAUAUUAUGUUAAUGUAACUGAAGACAAUCACUCCUGGAUUGGUUGGUAAGAAAUGAUGCCAAACUUUGUGCUGCUCUUACUGUUUUUGUUUUUUUAACCUAUUGCUCCACUCACCGAGCUGAUUUCAUCUACCCACCGUUCACCGUUCAAGCUGUCGCUCAUCACAAGUCUCCGUGGGUGAGGAGGUGGGGCGCGUUCAGGCGCUGGAUGGGUGCAGACCGGAGGAGGCGGCCCACGCAGGAAGUCAACCAGGCCUCGUCGGCGUCUCAGCUGUCGGGAAGUAGCGUUGCAGAUCGGGCCACAGACGCUAAGAGAUCCCAGGAUGUCAAGAUCUACAUCCCCUAUGAGUCAGCUGAGCUCUGCAUCGCUCAGGUGGAACACCAGAAGUAGUCGAAUCAGCCAGUACCAUUAGGCCCACACAUUUAAAACAGGGUCAAUUCCAAACUUCUUAUGAAACAGUGACUCUCGUCAGGCAUGUGACCCUGAGCCGUGUCCAGUCUUUACAUAAGAACAUGUAGACACAAUGAAAACACUGUCCGACACCACGCUGUGGUCUUGCUCAGGCUCACAUGGCUGCCCUGGAGUGGCCACAGGGCAUUUGAUUGGCAGCAAGAUGCUGUUUUGUCUGUGUCACCUCUGCGUAUUUGCUUCUCUCUCUGAAACAGAUAGGUGAGGACAUUGAAGCCAUGAAGAGACGACACCUGCUAACAGUGCAGGAGCUGGAGGAGAGCUUCCAGGUCACAGCCAGACAGAACCAGGCGAGGACGUGCACGUGCGUACUGUGUGAUUGAACACAAACAUAACUAGGACGUUCAUAUUGUGUUUUCAGGAAUGCACCGUGCGGAAGAUCACAUCUCAUUAUCAGAACAAGCUCAACCACCUUCGGAUGAUCUUGGACCUUUAUCAAGAGAAAGUGGAGAAGAAGAAGGCCGGGUGGAAGCAGAGAGUUGAGGCCUUGACGGCGCAGAAUGAGCAGCUGCUGGUGGAGCAGGCGGCUGAGAUGAGGAGGAGUAAGGAGGAGGCCCAGCAGUGGGACAGAGAAAAGAGCAAAAUGCUGGAACUGUUCUCCAACAGGCUGGACGCGCUACACAACCACCAGGCCACCACGUUACAGGAGCUUCAGAUGGCCAGGCAAGAAGUAGGGAAAGUUCAAGAAAUGCUGAUGGCGAACUCGCAGCAACAGCAGGAAGUCACGGAGGAAGCCGCAUGCAGUAAGUCAAACCUGCCACUAGAGGGGGCCAAAGCCCGUCUGGAAGAGUUGAAGGAGACUUUGUACCAGAGGGAGAGAGAGAUCACUGAGCUGCUGGAGACGGAGAGGAGCCCCAUCCCUCCCCUCCCUCGGCCCCCCUGCGGUGUUCUGCUUCCCUCUGUCAUACACAAGGCUCAUGCAAUCUGCAGUUCAGUCCCAGAGACCAGAACUCUCCUGGACCAGUUGACGGAGGAAAACCGGGUUGGUCUGGCAGACGCCAGAAAGAAAUUGGACUGUCUACGUAGAAAUCAAGAAAAUAGCAAAGACAGCGAGGACCAAGAAGACUCAGAUGAGCACGAGUCAAUGUCAUCUUUGCUCCAAGAAGCAGUGAGGGAGUAUGAGGUCGCUCAGAUGGCUUUAGACUGCAUCAGGACUGGGAAAAGCCCUCUAAUAAAGGACUGUGACGCAGCCUCAGAACUAGAGGACGCGCUGGGACAAGGGACGAGUGCCGGACAGCAGCUUCUCUUCCUGCAGGAGCAGCUGAAGCAGGUAAAAGAAGAGAAAAAGACAGUGAUCGAGAACUACACCACAGAAAGAACAAUGAGGAAGAAAUAUUACAACAUGGUGGAAGACAUGAAGGGAAAGAUCCGAGUGUUUUGUCGGAUCCGACCCGUGGGCCGAGCCGAGGCGGCGCAGGGCGGCGCCGCCGCAGUGAAGAAGAUCGACGAAUAUUCAGUCGCCGUGGAAACGCCUCGUGGGCCGAGGGAGUUCCUGUUCGACAAGGUGUUCAGCGGCGAUGCCUCUCAGGAAGAGCUGUUCCGUGACACCAACAGGCUGAUCCAGUUGGCUAUGGACGGCUACAACGUCUGUAUCUUUGCAUAUGGCCAGACCGGCUCCGGGAAGACCUUCACCAUGGUGGGGGACAAGGACCAGAAGAACCCAGGGAUCAUACCGAGAGCGUUCAAUGCCAUAUUUGACAUGAUGCAGGAGAAUAACACCAAAUUUGAUUUCAAGGUUUCCUCCUACAUGCUGGAGCUCUACAACGACAGGCUGCAGGACCUCUUGGUCAGCCCGGCUGGUGAGGCCAGCGCGCGGCCCCACUCCCACGGUCAGGCCAGGCGGGUGGAGAUCAAGAGGAACAGAAAGGGGGUUGUGUUUGCCCGAGGAGCAGAGACAAAGGAGGCGUCCAGUGCCCAGGAGCUCUACGCAUUGUUCCAGCAGGCCUGCGCCAACCGACACAUCUCUGCGACCAAGAUGAACGUAGAAAGUUCCCGCUCCCACCUCAUCGUCAGCGUCACGGUGGAGAGCAGGAACCUGACCAACGGAAGCGUGAGCACCGGGAAGCUGAGCCUCGUGGACCUGGCGGGCAGCGAGAGGGCGGCCAAGACCGGCGCCAAGGACCACCAGCUCAAGGAGGCGAACUCCAUUAACAAGUCCCUGAGUGCCCUGGGUGACGUGAUCUCAGCCCUGUCAGCUGAACUGCCCCAUGUGCCGUACAGGAACAGCAAGCUAACACAGGUGAUGCAGGACUCUUUGGGGGGCAAUGCCAAAACCCUCAUGAUUGUCAACAUCUCUCCUUCAGAAUAUAACCUGGACGAGACUCUCACCUCUCUUAUUUAUGCUACGCGAGUAAAGGCCAUAACCAACAGUGCUCAAAGAAAUGUGGAAAGCAAAGAGAUAGCGCAGCUGAAGGAGGUGAUCAUGAAGCUGAGAUCCGGACAGACGGUGGAGGAGGAGGACGCGUGACCUGCUCCCGGGGGGGUCGUGCCUGUUCACGGGUUGGUUUUAGUUGCAGUCUGAGCCUUAGCUCCGUCUGCAGUCUGGUCCGGGUCGAGUCUUGCAGCCGAGGAGACUCGUCGUUGGAUCCGUAUUCAGAGCCCGUGGUAAUUGUUCUCAUCUACGACGCGGCGCUUCUUUCUUAAACCACAUUAGAGCCGUGAGUCAUCGCGUUGCACGCUGUGUUUUCUGGCUGCUUUACGUCAGAGGCCCAUCGGGACGUUCAGGAUGUUCGCUGUGAUUUGAUGUUCUUUUAUGACAGGCACAGUGUGGACUCUGUGGACGUACACAAAGCAAAUCACCAAGCCACAGAUCUGGAGAGGAAACGGGCUCUGAGAGGCCCAGUGGUCAACACAAAGCAUAAUAAUGUGAGAGUUACUGCUAGUACUACAUCAGCAUUUUAAUCCACUUAAUUACAUUUGAUAUAAAUAAUACAAAUUAGGUUAGAGCCUAUUAUUAUUACAUAUUUAUUUUUAAAAUGUAGAUAUUAAGAAGGUCUAAAAUAACUAAUUAUAAUAAAUAACAAAUGAUUUUGCUGCUUCCAGAUUUUUAGUAUUCAUUUGUGUGGAUAUUGUUCUAACCAACCAAGAGGGCACUUACUGUAACCUUAACCUCAUUCCUCAACCAUGACAAGCUAUAACUCAUUAAAAUAAUUUGCCUUUUAAAGAAUAUA